AUGACUAGGGUAUUGCGGAGGCAGAAUCAGAAUGUAGAACAGAAGCCCAAAAAGGCGAGGAUUCAGAAGCCGGACAAAGCAGAUGGGUCUCACAAGAUUACAGAGUUUUUCCCGGUCAGGAAAAGUAACAGAAUCACUGGAAAAGCUCUUCAGGUAUGUUUUUAGUUUGUUUUCUUUGAAUUUUAGGUAAUAAACAGCUUUUAAAGUUUGUAUAAACAAGGCUGUAAUGUGGUAUUGUUUGUGAUGUUUACCGAAAAGGCUAUGUAUAAUUUGUUUUUCUAUUUUAACGAUAUUGUAAUGAUGCUUAUGGCUAUUUUUUGGUAAAAAAAUAUUCAUUAUACUUUUUAACAAAUAAUUUAAAUUUUUUAAUUUAUGCUUACCUUUGGCAGUUUAUAAAACCAGGUACAUAAAGUGUGUUAAUAUAACUGCUUUUAAUGUUAAAACAAAAUUCAUUUUUUUUAAAUGAGUAAUACCUAAAAAAUAAAAUGUUUGAAACGAUUUUCCGUAGUUUACGUGAAUUUUCCAACAAAUUCGGAGUGUUAAAAUGUGGUUUUUAUAAUGAAAUUGGUUUCUCUGAACUUGUGAUUUGAUAGCUGUUUCUUGUUUUGUUUGUUUUGCGUAGUUGUUUCUUGCUUUACAUUAAAAAGGCAUCAAGAAGUGAAAUGAAACGUCAUAAUUGAUAACGAAAUUGCAAGAAGUAAUCAAUUCAAAAAUAAUAUUGUUGUAGAGGACAUCAAAUUUAAAAAACUUUAUUACUUAACUUUCCAUCGGGUUUUAAAUAUCAGCCAAAGCAGAUUUCAAAUUUUGUUUUAAAAAUGGAAUUCUACAAACUUUGUAACCAGAAAACUUUUUUCAUUGAAAAUUAACAGAUACAUUAAAGCCUUGCUAAGCACUUCAAUUUUCAGAGGGAAAACAUGAGACAAUUGGAAGAAAUGGUAUUAACUGGUGCCAAUGAACAGUAUUUACAAGUUUCAAUUUGUGGAGAGAAAGGGAGAGGGCUCAUUGCCAUGAGGCCGUUUAUCAGAGGAGAAUUUGUGGUAGAAUAUAAAGGUAAGCACUUUUUGUAAUUUUGUUCUUAUUUUACUUUGGAGUUAUUUACUUUUAUAUUUUGGAUUUGAAGCUGAUUUAAGGCAGUUAAGUUCAGGAAAUUUUAAUUUUUUUGUAUUUUAGGUAAUAACAACGAGGUUUUAGCUUUUUCAAUGGUUGUUAAUUGAAAUUAUGGCCAAUUGAGAGUUAAAAACUUAAUAUUUAUCUGAAAAAUGAAAUACUAAGUUUGUAUUUCCAGGUCCCUUAGUGGAUUACCCAGAAGCAGUGAAACGAGAAGCAGAAUACGCUAAAGACCCGAGUAUAGGCUCGUACAUGUACUUUUUCAAAUACCAAGAAAGGCGGAUGUGUGUGGAUGCGACGGCCGAAACCCCAUACAAAGGACGACUAUUGAACCAUUCAGUUAUGAGGCCAAACUUAAGGCCCAAAGUCCUAGACUUUGGCCAUUUCAUCUGUGUCGGUCUAUUCGCCUUGAGGGAUAUUGAGGUAGGCGAAGAGUUACUGUACGACUACGGUGACCGAACUCGCUGCACCGUGGAGAAGAACCCAUGGUUGCUGAACUCGUAA